GCGAUGAAAAGCGAGACGAUAGGCCGCAGAUGCUCAGUUCAAGGUCAACGCUUGGCGGAUGCUGUCGCCACGGUAUAAGCUCACGGGUCAGUAUUUAAAACGGUAAGCGAACGGCGUGGAGUGCUGUGAAUUGCCCGCCUUUGGAGCAUUGAAAGAGAAGGAAAGAAAAGGAGACUUUGUCAAGGUCACGGCGUUGUUACCACGGGCAUCCAAGUGCAAGUGCAAGUGCCACGGAAGUAGGGCGUGCCAGCGGUGCUCAGGUGAUUCCCCCAUUUAACAUUAGCAUUUCCGGUUUUCCUUGUUCAAUGAAAGCUAUUGGACAUGAGGAGGUGCCGUCUUGAGCUCUGCCUAAUUGCAGUCGUGGCUUCUUGAUCGCUCAAGGAUGGAUAGCAGCGUCACCAAUGAAAUGCGGUUCUCGUUGUGGUGUGGUGGCUGUUCAUUUCACGAUUACAAGAAGCUAUGGUGUUAAAUCAGCAGCAGUUAUGUUGCUAACAGUUGUCGCCCUUCUAAAUAGGGUCUUCCCAUACCUUCAUCUAGCGCGCAGUGCGUCGGUGAAAGCAGCUCCUGAACACUGCUGCGAUAUAGGUGUGCCAAAUGCCUGUGGGAUUCAGGGUGCGUGAACGUCAGUGUCAGAAUGAUAAGGUCGUCGAUAGAAGGCUAAAUUCCGCCAAGGUUUGGAUUCUCAACGGACACGCACGGACACGACUUCACCUGAUCAUUCACCGUCUUCGACACCUCUGAAUGCUCACCAUCGUCUGCAGUGCGCGUAUGCUGCGAGUCCUCGGGACCGUGGAACAGUCAUCAAGGUUGUUGAGGUUACACUGUGAGAGGUGUACAGACGGGCGCUUCUCGCGGCCAAGCAUGCUCGUUCAUAACGUCAAGCUGGAGUUCACAGUGGUUCUCGCGAGGACAGGACCCACCGUUCUUCAACAUGGAGCGUAACGAGGGGCCGAACACGUUGUAUCGGUGAAAGUGCUGACACUUCGGACUCGUGCAGGCGUCAGUACUUUCGUGCUGCACCCUUAUCCGGGCCUCUCCGUCAAUGGAAGCCUCGCGGUUGCGGCGUCGACGGCUACUGUGCUGCGGCCCGCGUAUACACGCAAAUGUCUCGCGCAACCCUUAUCUGGACUCUAGCGACGGCGGACUGCGCGGAGGCUUGAAAAGAGCGGUCCCCACUUAUCUGGCAUGUAGCAUCAUCGGAAGAGCGACAUCCGGAUAAUGAUCACCCAGGAGUGCCGCUAAACCAUCCGAAACUUGCGUCGACGACCUCGACGAAGGAGAAGGGCACCGCUGGAAGCGUUUAUCUUGAAAGCGCAACGGCAGCCUCAGCGCUAGGAGGUGAUGGAGGCUUGUGGUCACGUCGUCGCAGUGUGUAUGCGACGGCCCGCUGGUCUGCGGUGGUCCAGCUAGCGAUCGCCUGUUUAUAGGGAGCGCCUUUCCUCCCUCCCGAUGGCACCGUGUUCCUGGUCUCCGGUGCCGACGUUCGGUGUCCAGGUGUCGGUGUGUGGUUUGGAGUUCUCCGCGUUCUACGGACCGACAUGCCCAGGAUGCGCCGCGGCUGACGUCUCGGGAAAGACCUGCGGCGUCUCGUCGGCGUGCGGACUUCCAGAGUGGCUCGGGGGAGGCACGGCCACCGCUCUCGCGUCGGGCAGCGGCCGCUACCAUCCCUGGAGGCCUCCGCCGCUGGGCGAGAGCGCGUCGUCUCCGGCCUGCUUCUUCAACGACCGCGUGCGCACCACUAGUGUCAUCCUUCUGCUGGGCGUUGGCUCCUUCGUCUGCUACAAGCUCUACUGCCAGCUGAGGCAGCGCUUCCGCAGGCGCAGGAAGUCCAAAAGGGAGACAGCGUCGCUGCGGAAAGCCCAUGUGCGGAGCUGGAUAUCCGGAGUCGAACAUGGCAGCCUACAGGAGUGCUACCUAGAAAGUGACAAUGAGUCUGAGAUCAGCGAGGCAUCACUACCCGACACCAGCCAGGCAUCUUUUGGCGACAUUCCCCAGCCUGUGACCGAGCAUGCCCAAGCUGAAAAAAAAUGUGACGGCAGCUCAAGCUGCGGUGGUGGCUUUCUGAGCGACGACGACAUUUGGGACAUGGGAGUCACGUCGAGCAAUCCGUACGAGCCGGUACGCUUUGACAGCCAGUCAGGUGACGUGCGUUUUCAAGGAUGUGCGCAGCCAAAGGCUUCGACGCCGCUCAACAUUGUGAAGAACAACCAGAAAAGUGGCAGCGUGCGUCAUCGCAACAAGAAAGCAAAGUCAGAUGAAAGUAGUGCUAUGCAGCAGAACACCCACAACCCAAAGGGGAACCCGAGUGUCAAGGCAGACAGCGGCUGUGGAGAUUUCUCGGCAUCCGUCAAGAACAAUAACAACAAUCAUGACCGAGCGCCGCUGUCCGAUGACUCCAUCUCGCAAGAGCCUGAGGGUCUACUAGACUCGCUUUCCUAUGAAGGCGGAGGUGAGGCGGCGACACCAUGGGCAAAUGACACUGUCUCCCUUCUUGCCAACUUCAGCAUUGGCUCCCUGAGCGAACGCAACCGGCGCACGGAAGAGCUCAUCUCAUCUCGCGUCGACAGUCAGGGCGAAGAGACCGACGACUUCUCUCUGGGUGGUAUGGUCUCCGACUCUGCAUUGCUGCGGCUUCGCAAUUCACACUCUCACCAGCUUUCUGUGGACAGCGAGGCAUCUGACUUGAGUAUCUUUGAGAAGGCACAGGCACCACUGGAAGUUCCGUGCGAGGCGUUUGAGACCAUCGACAAGAUAGAGACCAUCCUCCACGAUACAAAGCAAGAACUGCUCGACCUCGACGCCGAUUUGGUCAGCCUUCGCGUGUUCCAAAAGCUUCCGGCGAACUACGAUGUUGUGCUGGGCGAUGUCGGCAAAAAAAGUGCCGAGGAAUCCAUUCGUCGUGCCAGUGUCCGUGAUGCGGACAUUCGUCCGGACAGCGGCAGCGAUUUCGGCAACUCUCUCGAGUCGGACAGUGAAAGGCUGGCGAAAGAAUCGUCAGGGCCCAGCUUGGAGUGGGACUCCCUGCCAUUGUCGAAGCGCCCUGCUGAGCUGCACGAGUCCGAUUCCACAGAUUUUGGCGGGUUCAGCGAGUGGUCCGAGAGCGACGACGGCGCACCUCGACCGAGCGUGCUCGGCGUUGUGCGUCGCCACAGCAGUGGCAACAUUCAGAGCAAGGGGACGCUCCGCGAGGAGAUUCAGCGCAUUCUAUACGCCGAGUCAGAAUCUUGGAAGCAUCACCUGGUGCGUAGCCAGACACUGCCAGUGGACCAAAGUUUGCCCGAGUCGGAACGAAACUGCAGCGCUACAAUGUCAACAAUGCGGGAGCCUCUCUCACUGAACAAGAUCACCACAGUUCCAGAGGAGACCUCUCUCAGUCCUAGUAGUGGGUCAGACUUUGCUUCGCUCACGGCGAGCAGUGAUAGAGACGCUUCUAUGGACACCAACGGAAAUGAUCUGAUGGAUGUGGAAAAGCAUGAUGAGGGGUCCACGUUGGAAUCUGCCGAAUCGCUAUUUAGCAUUGAGGACAAGGUGACACUGGCUGACUACAUUUUUGGGCUGCGCCGAAAGAGGAAGCACCAGCCUGGUGACGGAAUGGAAAAGACCCUUGCAGCUGUGCUAUCAGGGCUGGAAGUGAGGUCACUGCGGAGGAUCAGGAACGAUGGUUAUGCUGCCAUCCGAGCCGCUGGCUUCCAAAUUUUGGCAUCUGGAGGUUCCAUCCUUGCUGGACACAGAGGUGCCAACGGUGUCUACCAGCGGUUCCACGACACAUCUACGGGGGCCAAGACGUGGCUCGAAAGCUGGGCCUUCCACCAUAGACUCCAGUACUCCCAGGCUCUUCAGGGCUUCUGGGAAUGCCUCUCCUCACUGCAGGACUUGGAGGAUCAGCUGCGGUUGACACCCAGCCCAGAGGCAAUGCUUGCCGGCAAGUUGAACGAAGAUCCCGCACUUGAUGCGAAGCUCAUGGAGGCAGUAAAAAUUGUCAUGCUCAAGUCUGCUCUGGACCUGUUCGUGGCGCAAAAGGAUAGCGACACCCCUAGCCCUUUGUUCGCAACGGUCCUGUUUUCACAAGUCACGUCAACGUCGCCAGAGGCGUAUUUGGUCAAUCACAUCAGUCGGCUUGGCAAAAGCCAGGCAGUACCAGAGGCUGACCUCUACCUCUUGGGCUAUGCCCUGGGAACUACCCUGACUGUUGUACGGCCGAGUCGAGCAGGCAGUGAAGAUUACGUGAGCCGCUACCCGGAGUGGCAAGUCGGCAGUUGGCCCGAGGCCGUGCUCGUUGAAUAUGAAGGACGCUACUGGGCUUGUGCAACGUGACUGCCAGCUUCUGAAUGAACACACUGGUGGCUGCUGCAUCACGUGGACUUUCGCCAGCCGUCACAAACUGUCACGCGCAGUGGUUGGACUCCUUGUGUUCUGACCGCCAACGAUUGCUCGAGCCAAGGGUGGCACAGAUGUCUUGUUCACUGCUUCUUCGCGUCGUCGUAGCACUGUGGCCUGUGUUGUCUCCAAGACCUUUCAUUAAGCAGACGGCGCGUGAAGUCACUUACACCACAACAGCAGAAGGCAUGCAUGAGGCAUGGAGAAGCAUUGCCGACACAAACUGUCAGCCCUGCUGAUUUAGUUAGCAUCUUGUUCUCUUUUUCGGUGCUCGAUAUGUGUGUUUCUUGUUGUUUUUAAUAUUAAUUUUACGCGUCGGUGGUGCAGAUAGGCCCACAGGUUCGAAACUGCACCUCAUCUCGGUUGCGUUAUGGGACUUGAGCCCACUGGAAGACUGCUGUUCUUUUGUGCAGAGAGGAAGUACUGCACAUAGGCAAGCGUAAUGGUGGCUACUAUAAUUUGUGCGUAAUGAAGCGCGCUGGAUUUAAAGGGGCCAUUAUUGCUUGUUCCUCAGUGAGACUUGAGUGUAACGAGUUCAACACUCAAGCCAAGUAUAGGCUUCCAGUGUACGUAUGCUUAGGCCUAAUUUUCUGACUUAAGCUUCAACUUCUAUGCUUAAACUUAAGCCAGCAGAUUAGGCCUAAGUUUUUAGGCUUACGUUUUUGAGAACUUAUCUAGGUGCACUUUUGGUUUCGGUGACACGGCUAGGUGAUGCCAAAGAGCAUGAAUGCACGAGACGCUAUACGACCCUGUGCUUAUAGCUUGUCCUCGUCGCUAGCAUGUUGCACAAAGUAUUGAAAAUGUUUCAUACAGUCUGGUGCUGGCUGUUCAAAAUACCAGGAAGUAUGUGAGACUUUUCUGCGUGCGUGUACCUCUAUGCUUUGCACAAAGCGUUUGAAAGGUGCACUUAAAGGUUAGCACACUUUGACCUCCUAAGGCCAAAGAAAAAUGUAGAGGGUUCCAUAAAGCACAACUAGGUAAAGCAUGUGGGGCACCCUGUUAAACACGGCUGUUGAAUUCUCCCAGCGCUUAACCACAAUUAAACGAAGAACUUGGCAGAAUUUGCGGCAGGCCAAGCCAGCGCGCAUUAGCCCGACAAAGGCUCUAGCGUGAGCAAUAACUCCCACCGAGGGAAUGGUGAUUGGCAAUUGUCUGGAGGUGUUCCGUGAUGUGGUUUUGUUCAUGCUGCUGCCUUUGCAUAUCUGUAUGAAAGAAAACUAUUUGGCGAGCUCCCUGUGUACUGCCCGUGUUGCUAAACAUGGUAAAGUAUGCCUGCCGCCAUUCGCCUUCACACGCGAUUCUGCAAGCAAAGCCCCUGUAGUACAAAAGCUGUUCUGCUGAAGUUGUUUGUAGGAGUAUUCACGCAAUAUUGUUGGUGUACCAAAGGGCUACUGUCUACUCGUGGCUCGGCCAGGAGUAGCAUAAGCCUGCAAGUCAGACGUCUGCAUAGAGAAAUCAAAUGGCUGGCUAGUAGUGCUGCAUUCAUUCACACGAAUCCCAUUAACACCCACAGUGCUUGUAAAAAUGAAAUAAAUUUUUAUUUCUUAGCAUACUUGGUAAUGUAAGCUUGGUUGAGGUAUACUUCCUGCAUGGAAACUUGUAAGGCUUGCUCUCUGAACUUGCAAAUUAUUUUCGUCUUGCAGAAAGUUAAAGAAACAAUGUUGCAUGGAGCUGCCACGUUUCAGCAAGCAACACUGUUGCUUCUCGCUCAGUGAAUCGAGUUAUGUCAGAGUUGCAUUUUUUUUGUGUGUGUGUGUGCAUGAUCUUGGCCUUUAGCAGGGAGUAACUGUGCAGUACUGCUGGGCUUUGUAAGCUGUGUAAGGUGCCUAGAAAAACAGCCAGUGCACAAAGUGCCGGGAACACACAGAAAGGAUGUUGAGCGGACAAGCACUAUCAACCUCUUUUCUGUGUGUCCUUGUCAUCUUCUGCGUUGGCCUUUUUUCUAACUGCAACAUAUAGAGUUUACCAACCAGCAGAUUUACAGAGGUGCAGAUGCAGAAGCUUGCUGCUAAUAAGGUUUGAUCUUCACACACUGCAGAAACAUUUAACUACGAAUGGUGAGCAUGUGAAUAGUUCUGUGGACAAAAAAAUUACUAGGUUUAAUGAGUAAACUAUUUGUGAGCAACGGUGCGUUCAACUUGCCUGACCAUAUCUAAUAAUGGUACACUAACAAUAUUGCAAACACAGCAAAGCAAUACGCUUUGCUGCUUGCUGCUGUUCCUUGCAAAAUCAAACCUCGUAGCAGCUUUGACUGAGCAGCUCGCUAAACCCAUCGAAGCUGCGCAACAUGCAAUAAUCUUGUUCCAUUGGGCAUGCAGCUUUUUUGUGAGUCCACGCAACUUGAUGUAAUGUCAAGUGCCAUGUUCUUAAAUGUUCAUACUCUUAAUGCCCCUCAACUUCUGAGAGCCGAGAGCAGCACCACUCCUUGCAUGAAGUGGUUACUGUACUUUGCUAACUCUCCUCUGCGAUACCUUGCCUACAACUUUAUUGUUGAUAACUUUUAGCAUUUGUUCAAAGAACAGAGGAGUGUUUUGUGAGCAAACUGUCACUGCUGAGGAGUGUUUCUGAAUUGGAACAACUGCUUCAGUCUUAAAGUAGAGCACUGCCCGUACACUCGGAACUUGGGGGAAGUGUUUCAAGAGGUGGAGCUUUAAAAGAAUAUGAGGGCAACUGCUCUUCCAAACACAAUAUACUGUUGCUCUCCUUACGGUGGCAAGGAAACGUGGCAUACGCCACAGCCUGGCUCCUCCACUUGCCGUUUCAAAAUGUGGUUGUGUUCAAGAAGCCCAAUAUAACCGUGGUUGUUCAACGUACUUAGAAGCGGGUAACAUGCACCGUAUUGCUAGAGGAAACCUAUGCGAAAGCAUUUCCUAACUUGCCAUGCACAGCAGCUCUCUGCUCGUAAAGUGCAAUAUGCAGGUGGGCGUUGGCUUGGCUUUUAAUGACUACAGUGGCCUGUGCAAGUGCAUGCUAUGGAGAAUUGCAAUCACUAACAGAGAUGCAAAACUGCAUCGUCAUUGGUGGAUUGCAUGAACUGGAAAACCAGUUGCGCUUUAAACUGGCUGUAAUGGCGCUGAACGAGAAUUCUAGCCCUGUACCUGUCUAGAGGUUGAGCAUACGGUCAACACCAAGACAAGUAUCGAACAGGCUACGAUACAACUGCAUGGAUCGUGGUCUCCGUUUUGGAGACUAUGGUAUAUGCUUCGGAAUCUCUAAUGCCGUAUUCGAAUUCUGUAAAUAAGUGGGAGCUAGCUGCCAGCGUUAUUGUUGCAUGUCGUGCUGCACUGGAAUGUUGCUUUGUGUGCACCCAUCUUGCUCCAUCUCGGCUUAUACAAGAAGCUGUACAAGUACCUAAACAGAAAGAAAGAAAAAAAAAAGCACGCUAAACAUUCCUGCUCUUAUGCACACUUAAUGCACGCACACACAUUUCUCCCUGCGAAUGAGUGUGUUCCUGUUGGUCGGUGACCUCAGCGUUUUAUUCCAGUGUGAUCAAACCUCUGCUCACAUGUACGUGUUAUGCAUGACGUUUUUGCUCGUUCACUUGUGAUGUUGCACUGUCAUUUAUCGUCCGAACCAAGCACAAGUUAUUUUUAUGCUUUGUUCUCCAGUACCUUGAGAAGAGUUGCCAUGCCAAAAGUUUUUUGGUGCUGAAAGUACGCAGACUGUCGUGUCAAGGGUUCUCAUUCCCCGUUAUGCUAAAGACAGGUGCGUGGUGUGUUGGUGAAGCCCAGUUGUAAGUGGCUCUCCAUGUUAAACUGCCGGCUAAUUUGUGUGCCAAUUUCGUAUAGGAGCGAAUUUCAUUAAUAUUGUGCUUGGUUUUGGUACUUGGCUGCUUAGCUUCAGAUAAAAAGGUUUUUUGCAGCAUUGUAAAUCAAAUGGUAAUUUUCUCGGUGAAGGAGAUGGCAGCGCCAUCAGUGCCUAGGAGGGUGAAAAUUCCAGCUGUGAAGACAAUGCAAUGUGGGAUGUUUCAUUCACUGGGUAACGGAUGCAUGCAUUGCUUCUUCUGCUAAGAGAAGCCAACUUUUUUCUUCUCGUGCUGCCUUAGAUAUGUACUUGAAACAUAACGGAAGGAGAAAUUUACCUCCAAAUCUAAGCACCAGCGAGCCUGCAGUUUAGCCAGAAGGGCCAGUUAUACCAGACUCCUCUAUCAACGCAACAUUCCACACACUGGGCUAGGUUGUAAGUGGGACAAACAGAGAACAACACGUUUGGCACUGUGCUGUGCCGACUUCUUGUAGACUGUCAUCUAGAACUUCAUGCAAGCCGCAAACUACGUUUGUGUGAGCUGCUGUGGGUAGAAUGCUUGACCAUGUACAGUUUUAGCUUGUACAGGCAGAGUGAGAAAGCAUUAUUUUUGAGCCAUGUCGCCUGACAUGUACAUGCAGCUAUUAACAAUGUAAAGAGAUGUAAAGAUAUUAAUAGGAGUUGAAAUUCCUUGCACUAGGUAAAUGCUUCAGUUGCCAAGUCUUGAGUACUUGCUGGUAAGGCAGGUCACAAGCAUGCAACAUGUAAAGGGAGGGGUGGAAUGAAAUACAAAGAAGAGAAAUGGCACUACCAUUUGCUCCUAUGGUUGAUGCCGGACUGCUAACAUGAUGUUCAAUGGAUGUACACACAUGUUCAAAUGAAGUGUGUCGAAGGGCAUUCAAGAAUGUUGUAUACGAGAGAAAUGUGUCGCUGUCGGGCCCUUGAAAGUCGUUCGUUUGUGACCGCAGUCCUGUGCACAUCCACGGGCCAGCAACCAAGAGUUAUCCCACAUGCGCUAUUGUGUGAAAAGUGCCUUUAGAUGUGAAAAAUGAAGCAGAAUGUAAAUAUAAUAUGUUAAUGAAACCCA